AUGGUCCGACUUGCUGAGUUAGCUGGUGAUCAAAUUUCCGGAGAUCAAUCUCGGACAUUUGUUUUUCAAGACGAAGGCCACACUCUAGGAAAUGCUCUCCGGAGUAUUAUUACACACUAUCCCGACGUGGAAUUUUGUGGUUAUACAGUGCCACAUCCAGCAGAGCCGAAAAUGCACUUCAGGAUCCAGAUGAAAGGCAACGGCCGUGCCGUUGAUGCACUGAGACGUGGUCUCAAAGACCUCGAGGCAGCUUGCGAUCAUGUCACCCAGGUUUUUACUGAAAAAUAUGAAGCUUUUGUUAAUGAACAAUAA